GCCAGACAUGCGCACUGGGUAUCAAAAGCGCAGAUAGAGGCAAAACAAUGUCACAAAAAAGGACAUAUCCUUCAGGUGCAGAAAAAAGGAAGAAGAAGAAAGUGGAAGAGGAGAAAAAAUGCCAUGAUAAAGGAGCAUUGUUAAAAUACUUUGGAGGCACAGAAUCAGCCUAGAGCCAGUCCACAUCCUCAGGCUCAACUGUGAGUGAUGAAUCAGGUGAGGAAAAGACUGUCACCAUACAGCAGAGGUGGGACCAAGUCAUUGCUUUGCAAGUCACAAGUCCUAACCUCUUGUGAAAUUAAGGCGUGACCAAGAGCAUGAAUAGGUUGGCUUGGGGAAAUAAAGGACACAAUGUGCUCAAAGUCAAGACACACAACAACACAAUGAGUGCAGACUGGAAGAGGAAGAUUUGCAUUGUUAUGCUGGUGGCACUGAAUGGUGCAGCGGGGCUCGCCUUCAGCAUGCAGACGACCUGGCCUGGUCGAGUGACAGCUGGGUCCAGCACCACGUUCACGUGCUCGUCUAACUGCUUUCAAAACUGCUCCUACUCUUGGUCCUUCAAGGGUCGCAGGGUGAACGGGAGCACGCUCGUCUGGGCGCCGGAUGGACGGGACUACUCGGUGGAGCUGCAGUGCACCGUUCUCAGUCACAAAACCGGGGCCUCCAGCACCGUGACCUCCAUUGUGGACAUUAGAAAUCCAGUGUCGGUACAAAUCAGUCCACCCGGUGCCAUCCCAUCUCUGGAGAGUCCUCUGGAUCUGCUUUGCCAUGUUGCUGCACGUUCAUCUCCCACCUUGCCUGAGGAGCACACGGUCACCUGGUACAAGGAUGGCCAGAGAGUGGCUUCAGGGGAUGUGCUUCAUUUUGACUCACUGCUGCCAUCUGAUGGCGGUUUCUACCAGUGUGACACAGCGCUGACCCAGAGUCGAGUUCUCAGUCUGGGUUACCUGCUAAACUUCGAUCCAUGGAAUGUGAGCAUCAGCGGGCCUGACGCUGUCCUUCCAAUCCGACUGAGCACGUUCACCUGCUUGACGUCUUGCACUUUAAACGUGGACUGCACCGUGAGAUGGUCGUUUGAGGGAGGUUUCCCCUUAGGAAGUUACCUCUCGGUGUAUCAGACUGAGCUCUCUUGGAUUCCCUCGGUGCCGGGCACCUUCCAAAAUUUGACAUGCGUUGUGGAAAAUCCAGCAGCCGGUCGCUCUGCUGAGGCGACCAUCAUGGUGGAAGUUAAAGGCACGUCACUUUCUGGAUCCCGGAAUCUUACUGGACUACCCACUUUGGUUUUAAGCUUAGCUCUGCUGCUCAUUGCUAACUAAGAAAUAGUGCUGUGAUAUUUUGUCAUUGUGGUAGUAAGAAUAAAUAUACAUUUGUAAAGCUAACAUAUAAGUUUACUGCAUACUGCGACGAGGUGGCGACUUGUCCAGGGUGUACCCCGCCUUCCGCCUGAAUGCAGCUGAGAUAGGCUCCAGCGACCCCCCGCCACCCCGAAAGGGACAAGCGGUAGAAAAUGGAUGGAUGAACUGUAUAUCUAUUACAUUUUACAACGUGUAUUUAUUUUUGACAUGCUCUAUCUUUGAAUUUGAAUGCUUUUUUACUUGUUGUUCAGCGUGUAUGUUUAAUGAUUUGUUGUAAUUUAUUUUAGGGAUGUCCGAUAUUAUCGGCCGAUAAAUGCGUUAAAAUGUAAUAUCGGAAAUUAUCGGUAUCAGUUUUUUAAAUGAUCUGUAUCGGUUUUUUUAUUUUUUUUAAUUUUUUUAAAAUUAUUAAAUCAACAUAAAAACACAAGAUACACUUACAAUUAGUGCACCAACCCAAAAAACCUCCCUCCCCCCCAUUUCUUUCUGUUAUUAAUAUUCUGGUUCCUACAUUAUAUAUCAAUAUAUAUCAAUACAGUCUGCAAGGGAUACAGUCCGUAAGCACACAUGAUUGUGCGUGCUGCUGCUCCACUAAUAGUACUAACCUUUAACAGUUAAUUUUACUCAUUUUCAUUAAUUACUAGUUUCUAUGUAACUGUUUUUAUAUUGUUUUACUUUCUUUUUUAUUCAAGAAAUUUUUUUUAAUUUAGUUAUCUUAUUUUAUUAUUUUUUUUAAAAAGUACCUUAUCUUCACCAUACCUGGUUGUCCAAAUUAGGCAUAAUAAUGUGUUAAUUCCACGACUGCAUAUAUCGGUUGAUAUCGGUAUCGGUUGAUAUCGGUAUCGGUAAUUAAAGAGUUGGACAAUAUCGGAUAUCGGCAAAAAGCCAUUAUCGGACAUCCCUAAUUUAUUUGUAUAUUUUUCAUUAGUUUGUGUAAAAAAAAUUUUUUUUUUAAAUUUUCUCUAUUU